AUGACAAUUGACAAAAGUUGGAUGACUGUGAGGAAUCGACUCUCUCGUGAAUAUAGAGUUGGUGUCCGCUUGUUUCUCCAACGAGCUGCUCAAUAUGCUAAUGAAAAUAGGGAGAUUAGAUGUUCGUGUAACAAUUGUUUGAAUCAUCUGCUCCAACCACUACCUUUAGUGGAGCUACACUUGGUACAACAUGGAAUUCAAUUAUCAUACAAAGUAUGGGAUUACCAUGGCAAAAAACAUGACCAUCCAUCUGCGGAGCAAGAAGUUAUAUUAGAUGGUGGUGUGCAUGAUGAAAUGGUAGAUAUUUUGGCUGAUAUAAGUGGGCAUGUAGAAAUUGGAGAAUCCAGUGAGCCUAUUCAAGAAGGAAAUGAUCAAAAUAAGAACCUCGAUGAAAUAUUCAAGAAAAUGGAGAAAGAAUUGUAUCCAGGGUGUGAAAGUUUCUCGGCGCUUAAUUUUUUAGUGAAAUUAAUGCAUGUGAAGGUGUUGAACAAGUGGAGUGAAAAAUCUUUUUAUAUGUUACUUGGCUUAAUGAAGAAAGCAUUUCCCUUCGCAAUAUUGCCCAAUUCUCACUAUGAGGCAAAAAGUAAGUUGAGUGAUAUUGGACUCGGAUACGAGAUAAUACAUGUCUGCCAACAUGAUUGUGCUCUAUUUUGGAAGGAGAAUGCUGAUCUAAACAGGUGUCCAAUAUGUGGCGAAAGUCGAUGGGUAAACAAAAGCACAAAAGGAAAAAAGGUUCCAAAAAAGGUGAUGCGCUACUUUCCUUUAACUCCUAGGUUGAAACGUUUAUUUAGUUCAAGACACACUGCACUUGAUAUGAGAUGGCAUGAUUUCGAGCGACCAAAAGAGAAUGGUGUUUUGAGGCAUCCAGCUGAUGGUCAAGCUUGGAAAACAUUUGAUAAGAAUUAUCCAGCAUUUGCAAUGGAUCCUAGAAAUAUGCGAUUGGGAUUGGCAACUGAUGGUUUAAAUCCAUUUGGAAACAUGAGCACGACAUACAACAUGUGGCCUGUAAUGUUGGUAAUAUACAAUAUGCCCCCUUGGAAGUGCAUGAAGUCAAACAACUUGAUCUUGUCUCUAUUAAUACCUGGACCAAAAUCUCCUGGAAAAGACAUAGAUGUAUAUCUACGACCACUUGUUGAGGAGUUAAAAUAA